GCCCGCCGUCAUCGUCGUCGCCGCCGCACUGACCUGACAGUUGCGAGUCAAAAUGGCAGUGCAAGGUUGAAAAAUUUGCUUCGCGAGUCCUCCGUCGUCAACAAAAGUGGUCGCGGAAAAAAGGUGCAAAUCGAAUUCAACGUUUACUACUGUUAACAAGUUUAGCUGGGCUCAAACAAAACCGCGCAACCUUCUAGAAAGAAAAGGGACUCGCGCUCGCGCCAGCAUGGAGGAAGACGGCGAGUACGCGGACGGCGAAAUCGUGUGGGUGAAGCUCAGCUAUUGCUGGUGGCCUGGCGAGGUGCUGGCCGGUAGCCGCCUCACCGAUGAGUUUCUCAGCACGCUCAAGCGGCGCCCGCUGGCCGUCGUCAAGUUCUUCGACGAGGAUUCCUACGAGUAUGUGAAAAAUACCAACUUUAUCUACAAGUAUAACUGCAGCAGGAAGCACGAGUUCUUGAGAAAAGGAUUGGAGCAAUACCGCGCAAAGAACAAACACAUGGUCAAGUUUCCGGCGGACGUGAUGCAGGCGGAACGCGCCACCGGCGGCGAUCCGAACAUUGUCAACUCGACCGAGUUCCUGCCCCAGAAGCGCGAGAGCUACGCGGACAUCUUCUCGCCGGACAAGUCCAAGGGCGGCAAGGGCAAAGCUUCCGCUACGACACCCCGCGGUGGAAGCCCGAAAAAGGCGCCCGCCAUUUCGCCCAGCAAGAUCAUCCCGGUGAUUCCGGUACGCAAGCAUGAAGUCCGGAUCCUGGGCCAGGCCUCGUCCCCGUCGGGUAUCGCCAGCCGCAGCUCGCUGGGUGGCUGCCCGUCGACGCCGAACAACUCCAGCCUGAACGCGUCAACGUCGUCUUCGGUGGGAGAGCCUGGCAGCAGUGCGCUGUCCAACGUGUCGGCGGCCAGCCCCUCGCAGAUCUACCACUGCCACAAGUGUGGCUUCGAGAGCAGCCGCCAGAACGUGAUCGUGCUGCACACCAAGUACUGUCGGGCGGUGCCGCUGGCGCCGUUCAACAUUCCAGCUGUUCGAGAAUCUAAAUCACUGCAAUCGACAACGGCGCGCACCACUACCGUGGAGGAUCCAGUGACACCGAAGGCUGCACCGAAACUUCGGGAAGAACCACCCCAGCAGCCACCAGCAGCUGCUCCCGCAGACGAGGAAGAACUGGUCGAGGUCAUCCAGGUGGUUGAGGAAAAGACACCGGCAGCCGUUGGUCGUUCUAGCCGUACUCCACGGACGGCAGCCAAGGCGGCGACUCCAACGCCGAAAGUGGACCGAAGGAAGAACCGCGGUGGACGUGGCAAAGCUGUUGCGACGCCUGUCGUGGAAGUUGAAGCCGUUGCCGCUGACGAGGAGAAGGUCGAAGUGCUGCAAGUCAGUGAGGAGGAACCACCGGCGGAGGAGGUCGUACCCGCACCGGAAGUCGGUAAAAGUCUGGACGAUUCUACUGGGAAAGACUCGAAGGGCAAGGCCGAUGUUGAGUUGAAGAACGAGCUGCUGGCGGAUUGGAGCGAGGAUGAGCAGGACGAGCAAGAACUUAAGGAAGACAAGAGGAAAGCAGCAUCCAGCGAUGAGUCGGAGAAGGUUGAAACCACGGAGAAGGCUGCCCCCGUGAUCAGCAUCACCGAUUCCAGUGCAGAAAAGUCGGUAGAAUCUUCGCCGCAGCUUGCUUCGCCGGUUUCGUCGUCGUCCGGAACCACGAUCAAGUACCGGAACAUCCCCAAGAAGCAAAAGCGCGAGUUUAUCGAAGUCACGAACGAUCAACCGGCGACAACGCAGGCGGUUACGAUUGAGAAAUCUUCGAGCGAAAGCAGCAUCAGCACGGCGGCCACUUGCGGAGACAAAACCGCAUCGUCCAGCAGCGCCGACAGUCUGCCGGAGCAGUCGCGACCACUCAGCGCCAAGCAGCGAAUCCUGGACCGGGCCACCCGCGGUUCGAGCAAGUCCAACAGCAGCAGCACCGAAGAGUUGAAGCCGGUCAUCGUGGCAGCCACCGCCGCCGCCUCAGCGGAAUCUCAGCAUGACUCAGCGUCCACGAGUGACGAAACCAAGAAGGACAUUGCGUCCUGCUUCGACUUCAAGGAGGAGGAAGAGGAAGAAGUGGUCUUGAGCAAAUCUCCCCGGAGGUCACUGUCAAACAGGCGCGACGUUUCGCUGGACGCCAAGCAAGAGCAGGAAGAGCUGGAACGUGCCAAAAAGGACGCCGAGUUGAAGAACGAAAUCGAUUCGUUGCUGAACGAAGUCAGCGUCCCAUCACUUCCAGACCUGCCGAAACUACCCGUCAGUCCAAGGGCCACCUCGCCAGGACCUUCGCAGGAAAUCAUUUCACCCCAAUCCAAAGAGGAAAUCGACCGCAACCGAACACUUCCCCCGAAGGAGCGCGGCAAGCGCAUCUUCAAGACCCGCAAUAAGCCAACCGUCGAGAACGAAGCGAUCGCCCUUGAGCAGUCCAAGGCGAUCGUGCUGGACUUUGUGAAAAAGUCCCACGAAGAAGAGGAAGCACAGCAGCAGCAGGAAGCAAAGCUCAGCUCGGAGUCGCCCACCACAACAAACGACGACUCGCAAGAGUCGGUUCAAUCUGCGGUGGCAACGGAGCCGCAAAGGUUCGAAAACUCCGAAUUCGCCGCCAUCAAGGCCAAGCGAGCGAAACUUCCCGUUGAGGAGGAACCUCCCAAGGAGGAAGAAUCCACGGUGAGCUCCAGCAACGAAGAGCCUAAACCAGCUACCGCAGAACAACCAGACUCCCUUCCAGUGUCCAUCAGCAAGGAUCAGCUAACGCUGGAAGUGCUCGAGAUAACGACCCCAUCGCCGAAGAGCCGCAAGGGCAAGCAACAGCCGCCCAAGCAAACCAUCGUGAGUCCGAUCGUGCUCAUCGAAAAGCUACCGGAACCGGUCGAGGAGGAGCAACAGCCGGAGGUCACUCCGAAAGCUACACCGGCUAGGAAGAAGCGUGCCGGUGAAAUGGAUCAGCUUGACCUGACGGCGCUGGAUACGCCACGAUCGCGCCGAGGUCGAAGCGCCAAAGCAGAAGAACCUACGCCGGAACCGGAACCACCCAAAGAGAUCGAAGCGGCUGCUCCCGUUGAGAAACGCAAGGCUAAGCGAGGCAAAAAGGAGGAAGAAGUGCCGGCGGUUGAUGAAACUCCAGAAGUUGAGCCCAAACCAAGCAAGUCAAAGCGCAGCAAGCAAAGUCAGCAACGGUCAGCGGAUUCAACCGCCGAUUUGCACGCUGAAGUUGACCCCGUUGUUCCUACCAGUGUCGAACCUGCUCCGGAGGAGCCGGUUGUAAGCGAACCUGCGCCGAUCGUGGAGCCUGUCGUCGCGAAGCAUCAACCAAUUAAGAUGAUCAUCAAGUCCAAAGGCAAAAAGUCCAACUCGGAGCUGAUCUACGAUGAUCCGGUCGUGGCACCGGAACCCAAGCCGGAAGAAACGCAGGAAAAGCUGCUCAAAUCGCCGAAGAGUUCCAAGAGGAAAAAGGAGGAACCGGCGGUGGAACCUCCGGCCGAGGAAGCCGUUGAAUCGCUGGCGAAAUCGCCCAAAUCGAAGCGACCCAAGGUCAAAGCUAGCGAAAAGCCGAAAGAACCGGAAGUCAGUGUCGGCGGCCCUAGUGCUACGGAUUUGCAAGUUGCCGAAGCGCUGAUUCAGCUUCCGGAAGCCCCGGUGAUUCCCCCUAAAGUCGCCGUCGUAGAUGAUCAGGAAAUGGUCGAAGUCAAAUCGAACAACUCAUCUCCGGUACAUUCAAAGACCAUUAAUCCAAGGAAACGACACCUGCAAAAGCUGAUGGACACGGCCGAGGUGAUCGUCGAGCAGCCCCCACCGGAGAUCGUAACCAUUCCAGAGAAGAAGAAACGCGAAACGAUCGUCGAAGUGGUCAGCGUGGCUCCGGCUUCCAUCGUGCAAGAUCUGCCGGCCAAAACUACCACCGUCGUAGUUGCAAGCGUCCCUCCUCCCGACGAGGACAAGUUCGACAUUGACAACAUCCCGAUCGUGAUGGACGACAGCGAACUGCUCGAGGACAGCACCAUCUCGACGACCUCCAACACCGACAGACGAUCAACGGUGGCGCCCGUCGUCGCUCCGGUAGACGAGGACGUCAAGCUGAUUUCCACCACCAAACCCAUGACAAAAAAGAUUGUGAUUGUCAAGAGCAGCAACGGUUCCGCCAAGAUCGUCGGAAGGAAGGAGUCUCCAGCCGUUGCGAAGAAAAAUCUCGCCAUCAAGUCCACCACCAUUACCAUCAAACCCCCGCUGGAUCAACUCUCGCCGACGAACGUGACGACCCGAUCCCCGGCACACUCACCGACCCCGAUGCGAUCGGCACAGCUCGUACAGGCCAGCAGCGGCGGUCAGAUCGUCAUCACCAGCAAGGGCACGGUUCUAACCACCCAGUCGCCGUCCACUUCGACCGCCCGAAGCCAUUCGUCGGACGGACUCAAAACCCACGUCUCUCAAUCCCACUCCAAGCCGGCCAUCGUUUCCUCGGUGGUCAGCAGCGCAAGCUCAAUCAGUAGCAGCAGCAGCAGCAGUUCCGCAACAAAAGAACUCCCCGAAUCUGCGGCAAACUCAACACCGCAACGACCUGGAACUGGUGCUGCGGCCGCGAUCAAAUCACCCGCCAAGAUUUGCGUGCAGUCGCAGGAGAUCAUUCACCCGGCUACGAAGCCCCGACCGGUGGCUUCCUCCCCCGUCGUGGUACAGAAGGUCACGACGGAAGUCGGGCAGCAGCACAAGAAGGGACUUGCAGCGGCGUCGGCGUCGUCGCAGAAGAAGAGUUCGGGCAAAAAGCAAGCCGAACCUGGAACUUCCGGCGGCAAGCCGCUGUUCGCGACCUCCAAGGGCGCUCUCAUUACGUCCCAGCCGGCGACCACUUCUUCGGUGAACCCGGGCAAAAAGAACCACCGAGUGAUCAAGAUUUCGCCCCAAAAGUUAAAGGAGUUCACCCGGUUAGGCAUGGUCGAGGACAAGGGCAAGGGCAAAGUACUGACCGCAAGCGGUAUGAAAAAGUUCCGCCAGGAGCAGGAACAGUUGCUCCAACAACAGCAACAGCAGCAAGAACCCCAGUCAAAGCCGGACAAGCCCAUUCAGCGGACGGAUUCGAUCGACGAGGAACCCUCGACGUCCACUCCGACUCCACCACCGCCGGCUGACGCACCAGCAGAGGUUGUAGUGGCCGCCGCAGCAGAUUCAUCCGUAAAGGAACUGCCACCAGCCUCACCAGUCGAGCCGGAACAAUCCCCAGAAGUCGCGGAGGAAGAACCUGCAAAGCCGGAGGGAAUCGUCGAAGAAAACGAAGCAGCCGCCGCCGAGACGGAACCCGAAUGUAGCAGCUCGUCCAAGGUCAAACCGGUUCCUGCCGCGGAAGAGGCCAGCGAGUCAGCAUCGGCACAGCCGGAAGUGCCCGCAGAAGCGACCAGCGAAUCCAGCUCCAACGUGCAGGAAUCAUCCCAGCUGAUCGCCGUACCGGCGGAAAACUUCGGAGGACCUGCGAACCUCUUCUAUCUGUGCUCGGUCCGCGAGGAAGGCUUCGUUCCGGUGAACAACGAACUGCUCUACCUGGACUCGUCCAACCAGCUGGUGGCGCUGCCCGAGCAGGCUUCGGUCGAGGACAUUGUCCAGCAGGCAGCCGGCCAGGAAGUGCUGGAAAUUCCCGCGGGUGAACACGCGGCCGUUGACGUGGAAGGUGCCGUCGAAGCGGGUCAGCAGAACAUUUUGCUCAACACCCAGGACGGGCAGCAGAUCAUCCUGGACCAGCAGAGCCUGAUGGCGUUGGCCGCGGCUGGCGCGGACACGUCCCAGCUUCUUACUCCCGAUGGACAGCAAAUUGUACUGCAAGGUUCGGCCCAGGAGCUGCUGGCAGCACUGGCCGUGACUCAACCCGGCCUCGGAAUCGCGGUGGCCGCCGAGGGAACCCAAAUCAUCGUCGCACCAGAAUCGUUGAUCGAUCUGCAAGAUGCGCCCCUACCCGGAGAGAUCAUCCAGGUCAACCCGAACACCACAGUGGAGACGAAUGCCGUACUAACGAAGCCACCGAUCAUGUCGACCGUCGAGGUGCCCAGCAAGAAUGGCAACGGAACGACGGACGCCGGCGCGGCGGACAAGGCGCUGGAUCCGGUGGCGACGACGAAUCUCGACGAAAGCCUGGCCGCGGUCAUUGGCGUUCCGGGCAAUCCGAACGUGCCGACCUCGCUGGAGCUGCCCAUUACGGUGACGAACCCGGUGAUUGCCAAAACGACCACCUGCAAGAUCAACCCGAUCUACCCGACGACGACGGCAAUCGCCGCGAUUCCGGGCGUCCUCGAUCUGCCCCCGACGGCGCUAGCACAAACAGGUACAGAUAGCCCACACGUUGAACCGACACACGAGAGUAGUUCUAGCGAUGACACCAGGGCUGAGCACUUUAAACACCAAGAAGAAGACGGCGAUCGCGGUAAGUCACCAACGACCGCCAACGGCAAACCGACCCUCGAUCACGACGACUGCGACGACGAUCCGCUGGACGACGAAAUCAUCCCAAACACGCCCGAAUCUCAGAUGAACAGCCACGCGGAGAUUUCGUCCCAGUUCAGUGACGACGAUGACACGUCGCCGGUGGUGCCACUUCCGCGGGUCAUCGGCGAAGACGACGACGACAACUCCAACUUUAGCGACGUGAUCCCGAUCCAGCCGAACGUGAUCCUGCGCAACAUCAACAACGAACUGAUCAACAACAAUGAGAACAGCAACAACAGCAGCAGCGACAUGGAGCUGGACCCGGCCGGGAACGAAGAGAACGACCCCAACCAGACGGCGGAAGUGGCCGCCACCGGCUCGGCGAACAGCAAUUCCCUCGUGGAGAGAUAAUAUCUGGCACCGUCGGGUGAAGGCGACGAAGGCGCGACGGCGAAGGGCGACAACAACACUCCAUCAUUGCAUGCACUCACAACAACCUCACCACAACAGUCCUCAUUCGCGACGAACAACAGACAUCAGCAACCUUCGCCGUCACAGCAUUUGUUUUUCUAGAACACACACACAAGACCGCGCCGUUCCUAUAGAUCCAUCGACGUCUAUCAAAUCCGUGUGGGAUUGAGAGCCGUUUGGAAAGCUUGGCGACCCGCGUCUUUCCACGUUGUACAUACAAAACCGAACAAUUUUAGCUGCAUCCCAAUUUGCUAGUGUAUACUUUUAACAGAAAAAGGUUGGUUUUCUCUCUCUAGCUCGUUGAACCAACCUUAACCUUUUUUUUUUGUUUAUUUGUGUUAUAUCAUUCACAACUUUUUUUUUUCAACAAAUUGAACAAUUUUCGUAAAUUUGAAAUAAAUGCUUUUGCAACAUUGUUCACCGUUGCAUUUGAAAAUUCAAAUUGAAAACAAUAAAUCUACACAUUUUGCUAGGAUGAUCACAAAAAUAAAGAUCAACAGUGAGUCCCUGUGUAUCAUACUAAUCUAGUGUAACAAAAUAUCUAAACCACCCCCGGCUGUUUGCAUAAACAACAAUAGUAAAGAGAUUCAAAAUCUCACCAAUAGAACGCGUCCCCUGUUUGCGUGCGUAGUUUCUCUAUUCUAGCUCCUCCCACGUUGGGUUAGGGCGGGGCUUGUUGAACCACAGCCAGGUUCUUCUUCUAGUAGUCUUCUAGACAUGCUUAGCACGCGUGGUGUUUGCUGCUUACUGCGCGUCCCUUCUAAUAACAAUAUCGAUAGUGUUUUAGAAGAAGAAAAAAACAAACACACAUACACAACAUAUAAAAUGCAACAGACAACCUUAGACAACACUCAUACCAGUCGCUAACAAAUGUAGAGAGACAAGUUUGAAAGUUUCGAAUUAAAUCGUUUACUUUUGAAAACGCGACAACGCGGCGUUUGAUUGAAAAGACGGUGAGUGUGGAUUAUUUUUCGACCGUUUUAAAAGUGAAAAUCCAGUGUGCGAUAUCGGGAUGGGAUUGUGGCACUCUGAACAGAAGGGCAAGGAAUGAUGACAUUUUGACCGUUGCGUCGGUGGUUAGGAACAUACAUAGUAAUAUAACAUAAAAUACAAUACACUUACUAUUACUGAUAUGUAUUUAUAAGCGUAUAUAUUAUAUAGCGAUGAGUAAGUAAUAAAAGAAUAAAUGUUUAGUAAGUAAAAUAUUACGAAAUUCAAA